AUUUCAGUUUAAAAACAAGAAGAACCCAGAAACCAACCAUAGCUAACACCUACACCAAAUCAAAAAUGUUAGCUUAUUGUUAACUCAGAACGAUAUAGACAAACAAAAAGAAAAUCCAUGUCGAGAUCGUCGUUGAUUCAUCGCAUAACACCUUUCUUCACUUCUAGGAUUCGCCAUAACCACAGGCUCCUAAGCUCCUCUUCUGCUCUUCCACAACCUUCUUCUUCUUCUCCUUCUCCUUCUCCUUCUCCUUUUGUUGGUGAUGCCAUUCACUUGACCGACAAUUGCAUCCGGAGGAUGAAAGAACUGCAAGUCAGUGAAGGAUCAGCAGAAGAGAAAAUGCUUCGCUUGGGUGUCGAGACUGGUGGAUGUUCUGGUUUCCAGUAUGUAUUCGACUUGGAAAGUAAAAUGAACCCAGAUGACAGGGUUUUUGAGAAAGAAGGAGUCAAAUUGGUGGUCGAUAAUAUUUCAUAUGAUUUUGUGAAAGGGGCAACUAUCGACUAUGUUGAGGAGCUGAUUCGUUCUGCUUUUGUAGUGACAACAAACCCAAGUGCAGUGGGCGGCUGCAGUUGUAAAAGUUCUUUCAUGGUGAAACAGUAGAACUAGCAAUCUAUUCCAUAUACAUUUUCAACACCAUUUAGAGUUUGGCAGAACUGUGGAAGACUUUGCAGAAAGGCUGAGGAGCUGAAGCAGCAACUUUCUAAGAUAGCUCAGAGAAGAAGGUUUCUAGAACAACUGCAUUUACCUUCUUGGAUUGCAUGCGGAGCCGUCAGCUAAAUAGGAUUGUAGAAGUCAUCAGCAUUGAUUUUUAAUGCUCAUUGAAUCUAUUUUUGACAUAAAAAAAAUAAAUUCUCCAACAAUUAUUAAUUGAAUCCAAUUAUUGUGCCUAUUCCUUGUAUAACAAUAAUGUAAUGAGGGCCUUUUUGUAUUCUAUCAUCGAAAAACUUACAUGCUCCUCUCUCAUUCUUAAUCUGCGAUACAUUGUUUAAUAAAUCACAGAUUGCAGUUAAAUUUUUGCAAGCUGCAGGUUCUCUUUUA